GGGAUCAGUGACGACACUUCCCUUCUCCUUGGAUUCUGUGAUUUGUCGACAAAAGUUUUCCAGCAAGACGUUGUGGAAGUGUUUUUUUUUUCUUCUCUCACUUAGUAACAACGAUACUUUUUGAUUGCCAAUUUCUGCGAAAUAGCCAUAAUGUCUCCCCCAUCAAGAAGGCUUCAAACUAAGCCAGUGAUUACAUGUCUCAAGACCUUUCUUAUUUCUUACAGUCUCAUAUUUUGGUUUACAGGGGUUAUCCUUCUGGCUGUUGGAGUAUGGGGGAAGGUGAGCCUGGAAGCUUAUUUCCAGCUGGCCUCUGAGAAGAGCACCAACGCACCAUAUGUCCUCAUCGGGACUGGAGCCAUCAUCAUCACUUUUGGCCUGUUUGGUUGCUUCGCUACAUGCCGCGGUAGCCCAUGGAUGCUGAAGCUGUAUGCCAUGUUCCUGGUGCUGGUGUUCAUAGCUGAGUUUGUGGCCGGCAUCUCUGGCUUCUUAUUCAGACAUGAGAUAAAGGCUGUAUUAGGUGAUGCCUAUAAAGACGCUGUGACGAACUACAAUACCACUGACCCCAAAAGCUCUGCGGUUGACAACAUCCAGAAGACUUUGCACUGCUGUGGAGUGGAAAGUUACACGGACUGGAACACAACAAAGUACUUCAAAGACCAAGGCAUCCCUGACAGCUGUUGCAAAGAGAACACUGUCUGCCCUGUCGAGGACCUCAAGAACCUUGACAGGGCUCUCAACUUGGUGUAUCACCCGGGCUGCUUCACGAAGGUGACCACUUUGAUGGAGUCUAACCUGGGGAUCAUUGCCGGAAUGUCUUUUGGAAUUGCAUUCUUCCAGCUCAUUGGGGUGUUCUUGGCCUGCUGCUUGUCUCGAUACAUCACCAACAACCAGUACGAGAUGGUCUAGCAGUGUCCUUUCACAGGUCACUAACGGGCAGGUCAUGACGCACACCGAUUCAAAGGGAACGCGCAUAGUUUUAAUCCUUGGUCUAUGUGUAAUGGUUCUGUCAUUUCAGAAUUCACUCUCGCUGACACUCACUUUUCAAUGGCAACCAGACUGAAGGGAAAAAGUUAUUGGAAACCAUAAGGGAUCGAUUUCUGCAGUUCUCCAUCGUUUUGAUUAAGCUUUGUCUUGCUAAGGCUAGUGGAAUACAGUUUGUGCUUGAAUGUUCAUUUGGGAUUCACAGACUUUAUAAAUGUAAUAUUUUUCAUUCAUUGUCUGUUUUAAUGUUAUUAUAAAUGACAUAUGUAUUGCAAUUUAUUUGGUGAGCUUAGCAAAAAUAUUCAUGUUUGUUAUGUCCAUAUUCAUUUCAUUCUUCAUCAUAAUUGCUGCCGUCAUAUUCUAGUUAUAUGGCAUCUUGUGGUUAGGGAUCUUACUGUAGUCUGCUAUUUUCAUGUUCAGCAUUACAGUGACUGUAGUAGUGACUAAUAAGGCCAUCUGUAACACCACAGUAACUUCCAUCCAUCUCUUCUGUGGAGACGGGGAGAAAAGUAUUGGAAGUUGUGUAGUAGCCUUUGCGGGUAGAGGGAUGGAUUGCAUGCUGUGGACACUUAGUUUAAUAGAGAAGAGAACAAUUAUACACCACCAUGAUUCUCGUGGGAACGUAAAGGUGUUUUAUAAGCCUUUCGUGUGAUUUACUGUAACUUUGGUGUGCAAGUCUUAUGUUCACGUUUUCAAAAAAUAUGCAUUUCCUCAGAUGAAAAUAAUUGUCAGUGUUAAUGGUUGUUGAUUUGUGGAAACCGCAUGUAAAAUACUUGAAAAAUAAUAAUAAAGGUACCUAAACUCUUUAAAACAA